AGGAAAAAUUUCGAUCCCAUGGCGUCAGUUUAACUGUCAAAUAUGUACAUUGGGCAAAUGGUGCUACGUGUUUCCGACAUUAUCGUAGGUUUUGGAGCCAUUUGGAUUCUAAACAGGAAGUCAACAAAUUGCGUUACCUACCUGCUUUCUUCUGAUCCGACCGCGUGUUGACCGCCGAUAACUCGCAACUCCGUCACCAUCACCACCACCAAUCAUUCAACUUCAGACGACUUUGAAAAGGCAACGAAAGGCUAUCUCUGUUGAUGAUUCUCACUAAUCCGUGAGUUUUUUGAGCAACGAUUUGGGAUUACCAAAUGAUUGUCUCUGGUCUUCUAACGUCUGUUUCAAUCAAUUUUGCGCUUUGUUCAAUCUUCUUCAUCUUGUAUUCGGUGUUGAGGAAACAACCUGGAAAUUACAAAGUAUAUGCUCCACGUUUGCUUGCUGAAGGGAGAGCAGAACGACCAAGUCGAUUCAAAUUAUUCAGGUUGUUACCAACUGCUGGUUGGAUAUGGAAUGCAUGGCAGCCUUCAGAAGAUGAUCUGUUAGCAUAUUCAGGACUCGAUGCUGUGGUAUUCAUGCGAAUUAUCAUCUUCAGUUUAAAAGUGUUCAGUAUUGCUGGAUUUAUUGGAAUCUUUGUUCUAAUUCCUGUGAACUGCUCUGGAAAUCAGUUGCAAAACAUCGAUUUGAUAAACAUUUCAAACAAUUCACUGGAAAUAUUUAGCAUUUCGAAUGUAAACAAUGGCUCAGACAGUUUAUGGAUACAUGUAGGUGCUGUAUAUCUUCUCACCAUUAUUGUGUGUUACCUUCUCUUUACAGAAUAUAGAUAUAUAGCUUCAAAGAGGAUUGAUUAUUUCUGUUCAUUAGAACCUCAACCAAAUCAAUUCACUAUCCUAGUCAGCAAUAUACCUGUUCCAAAAGGGAGCACUGUUGGCCAGAGUGUUGAAAAGUUUUUCACUGAAAAUCACCCCAACACUUAUCUAUCUCAUGUCGUGGUUCAUCGAAAGAGCAAAAUGUGGACUGUAACUAAUGCUGCAAAGAAGAUCUACAGAAGGAUUAUGAAUUCCAUAAAGCCGCCAAAUGAGCCACAGUUCAUGCAUUAUGGUCAUUUAGAGGCGAAUGUGAAAAAGGACCAUUCAAGAGAGGAAGUGAGAGCUGCGUUUGUGUCUUUCAAGUCACGUUAUGGUGCUGCAGUUGCUAUUCACAUGUUACAAGCAAAUAAUCCAACACAAUGGCUAACUGAGCCAGCACCCGAGCCACAAGAUGUGUAUUGGCCAUUCUUUUCUUCAACAUUCAUGGGAAGAUGGAUUUCUAGACUGGUAGUCAUUGUAGGGUGUAUGCUUCUUACAAUUGUAUUCCUUAUUCCAGUUUUUAUAGUUCAAGGACUCACAAAUCUUGCUCAGCUAGAAACUUACUUCCCCUUCCUCCAAGGCAUCCUUACCAUGUCUAUUGUAAGUCAAGUAAUCACGGGUUAUCUUCCAAAUCUGAUACUUCAAGUAUCACUGAAAAUAGUCCCUCCAAUCAUGAAACUUCUAUCUUCAGCACAAGGCUACAUUUCCAUUAGUGAGAUCGAAAGAAGCGCGACUCACAAAGUAAUCUGGUUUACUGUUUGGAAUGUCUUCUUCGCCAAUGUUUUAUCCGCCUCAGCCUUCAGUCUCAUUUUCAUAUUUCUAGAAUUCAAAGACAUUCCUUCAAAGCUAGCUGUCUCCGUCCCCGCCCAAGCGUCAUUUUUCAUUGCUUAUGUUAUGACAUUAGGGUGGACGAGCACUUCUUCAGAACUCUUCCGUGUCGUUCCUUUCAUUGCAAGUCUAAUAACCAAACCCUUUGUUAAAAAUCCAGACGAUUUCACAGUUCCAUCUUUUCCUUAUCAUCAAGACAUUCCCAAAAUUCUUUUUUUUGGACUUUUGGGGUUUACUUAUUUUUUUCUUGCUCCUCUCAUUAUUCCUUUUCUCUUGGGUUACUUUUCUCUCGCGUACAUCAUUUAUCGUAACCAGCUUUUGAAUGUAUACGCGCCAAAGUAUGAAUCUGGAGGAAAAUUUUGGCCAGUUGUUCAUGAUUCGACUAUUUUCUCACUUGUUUUGAUGCAAUUCAUAGCAUUUGGGAUCUUUACUUUGAAGAAGCUUCCUCAUUCAACAAGUGCGACUCUUCCUCUUCCGAUUCUCACUCUUUUGUUCAAUGAAUAUUGUCGAAAGCGGUUUCUACCCAUUUUUAUGGCCUAUUCAACCGAGACUUUAUUAAAGAAAGACAGAGAAGAUCGAAAUCUACCUGGAAUGGCUCGGUUUUUAGGGCAACUUGGUGUGGUGUAUUAUGACCCUGCGUUAGUGCCUCUUACGUAUUCUAGAAGUCAAGAUACUCUUCAUGAACCCCUUAUACCUACACAAGUUCGACGCUAAAAUAAUAUAUAAUGUACUUAGUCUUUUAAGAUACUAGUUAAGUCAUCAUGAUAUGUGUGAAAAAUCAGAUUUUUUUUUUUUAUAAACCUCCAUUCUUUUUUAUGCUUGAAAAUCUUGUAAUUAUGUGUUCGAGUUGUAAUUUGUAAAAAGGCGUUCUUGUUAUGUGCAUAGAUUCAUAUGUAACGUCAAAAUGCUCAC